AAACGAGUUUUCUAAAAUCUCCACUCUAGCUGUAGUUUUUAGAAAGAUUUGUUUUCAGAGGCGAAUUUGCCGUUUGCGACAGACAUGUUCUGAUUUCACACAUCAAACUCUGACUCAACGUGUUUCUCAAAUGGGGAACUUGUUUUUGGUGCCUACAUGUACAUAUAUGGAAUAGAUUUCGAACACAGUGUUUGUUCAGUUGGUUUUAAGAGCGGCAGAGAUGUCGGCAGACGAAGAGCCUGUUUAUGUCAAUUACCCAGGUUCCCCAACUCGGAGACACAACGGAGUCUGUUCUGGGAGACGGGUGAAGGUGGCAGUGUUGACUGUGGCUGUGCUCGUGUCUGUGGCUCUGAUCAUCACUGUUGUCGUCCUUUUUUUUCCGAGACGUUCAUUGAGACUUCACUGUGACGUGGACUGGGAGCUGAAUGGAACAAGCUGUUAUUAUUUUUCCACAUUGAAGUUAUCAUGGAGCCAAAGCAGAAGACAAUGUCAAAAAGCUUCUGGAGACCUGGUGAAGAUCGAGAGCCGAGAGGAGCAGAGGUUCCUGUUUGGUAAAGUGAGACAUCUGAUGUCAGAGGAUGAAGAGAAGUUCUGGAUCGGACUGACAGACUCUGAGACUGAGGGAAAGUGGAAGUGGAUCGAUGGUUCUGCUCUGGACCCAAGUUUGUCUUUUUGGUAUAGAUAUGGGGACAAUAUUCAACCAGACAACUGGAAAAAUUCGAUAUGAGUAUUUUUUUAUCCAGAAGGAGAAGACUGUGGACGGAUCGGGAAGAAAACGGGCUCUGGGUUUGAGGAGAAGUGUUGGUUUGAUCAGCACUGUGGAACAUCCAACAGAUUCAUCUGCGAGAAAACAGCAUCUCCAGAAAGUCCAUAGAAAUGACACAGGAAGUGUAGAAAUAUACAUUUAAAGAUGCACCAUGUAACUUUUCUGUUGAAGCUAUUUCCUGCUCUAUGUUGUAAUGUUAUUUAUUAAAAUAUAUAUGACAAAAAAAUAA